UCUCUCUUUCUCUUCUCUUCGUUCUUCUUCUUCUUCUUCUCUCUCUCGCGGCGGUGAGCUCCUCCGGCUCUGGUUUCCCAAAAACUCCUGUUGAUUCCUUUCUGUUUCCUGUUUGGUAUCUUGUGGUUUCAACGGUUGUUUGGGAAUCAUGGACGUCGAUUCUCAGCAAACAAUGGAGGAAACUAUUUUGGUUGGUGAUGAUCUUAUGUUGGGACCGCCAUCUCCAAUCAUUCCUCCAGAGAUUGCAACUCAUGUCCUUGAAGGUGUUGAUUUAUGUGAUGGAAUUUUGAGAAAUUUGUUCUUGUGUCUGCAAAUCAAUGACAUUGAACCAUUUUGUCAAGAUGAGAUUGUAUUAUAUCGGCAGUGUGCAGAGAAGAGGGACAAGGAGCUGAGGCGACGUCUACAAGAUAGUGAGCGUAAAUUGGGCCUAUCAAUGCCUAUUGACGAAGCAAAGGGAAGAGCUGCUCAGCUUCAAUCUGAAGUCACUAACCUGGAGAGGCGCAUGAUCCUUGCAAGUGGUAUGGAGGGUAUGGAAGGAUUUCGCCAGCGCUGGAGUUUCCAUGGCCGUCUUGAGGACACCAAGAAAAGAUUGGAAGCCCUAAAUAAUGGGAUGUCGAAGAGGAUCUCCGAAGAGGCAAGCAAGACCCCUGAAGGAGUCACAGGGAAACGGAGAUGGUUUUUCUGGUAGACUAAUUCACAACCGAGAAAUUCAGAGUUUGCCAUAGGCUGUGGCUGGUUAAAGAUUUGCUCACAUUUGAUGAAGCUCUCUCUGAUGGCUUGUUUUUAAGAUCCAGACCAUUAAAAUCAAAUUGAAUUGAUCUUGUACUUUGCAUGUGAACACACAGCUCUUACAAAUAUGCCACUACAAGAGCCAGCACUUUCAUGA